AUGCGCUUCGAUCUCGCCCUCCUCUCGCUCUCGCUCCUCAGCACGGCCUCCGCCAUCGCUCUCGAGACCCCCCGAGACGGCGUGAGGAUAGAGCUGAGCGCUCGAGAUGACCUGCAAAGGAUCAAGCGCCGAGGUGGUGGCGGCGGCAGGAGUCGCGGAUCAUCAAACCGCAACACCCGACCGAACUACAACACCGGCGGCACCUCCAAGUCGGGCACCGGCGUGACCCCCCGCUUCGGCGGCGGUCGCUACUACAGCGGAGGCGCCACCAAACCCUUUGCCUCCGGUCGCCGGAGCGCCUUGGGCAUCGCCCCCAUCAUGCUCGUCGGCGCCGCCCUCGCCUUCUGGCCCGGCCUCUGGCUCCACGGCGCCUGGGUCUACCCCUACAGCCACGUUCAUCACUACCACAACGCGUCGUCGGGCGAGGACGAGACGGCCAACGUCGUCUGCGGCUGCGCGAGGUUCGCCGCCUGCGGCUGCGACGAGAACAACAACACCGCCUACUACGACGACCUCCUCGGCAACGGCUCCUACGCCGCCCUCAACAAGAGCGUCGUCGACAUGGGCGAAUACAACGGCAGCAAGACGAUCCUCAUCAACGGCACCCUGGCCAACGGCACCACGGCCGCCCAGGAAACCCCGACGCAGAGCGCACAGAACGCCCAAAACACAAAGGUCUCCGCCGCGAGCUCCAUCACAUCCAUAGCCCACGCCGCCGGCUACUGGCCCGCCGUCGCUGCCGUCGUCGCCGCCGUCUUCAUGACCUGA